UAGCAACAUGUAAACAAUAUGGCCGACAGCUUGUAAAAUUUCGGUCUGGAUUGGUAGCCUAACAGUAACCUUUGUAAAAACUUUGUAAAGACAUAAUUAUAACCAAAUAUUGGAUCAGAUCUGUAAGCCUACCCCUUAAUAUAUUUCACAUAGAACUUAAAGAAGUAAGCUUAUAUGGGAAAGAAGAUUAAGAAUGUUAAAGGGUUAUGCCUGCAGUUGGUUUUUUGAUGUACUGUACAUUAAUAUGUAAUAAAAACUUCUGACUGAAAUUGUAACAGGAGAAUUAGUACCGUAUGGAAGGAGUCAGUGCACCUCUGCAUUUCCCAUGUGCAGCUCAUGUAAAGAUGCCACAAAUAGGAUCAGAUGAAUCUGACAUUACUGUUGUCAAGUCAAAUGUACUUCAUCAUAAUUCAAUGUCCAGUAUUCAGAGAUCUCAGUAUUCAGACAUGGGAGAGAAGCAAGUUCUUUUACGUCCUUUUGGGAAGACAUACAUUAAAGAUAUUUGUGGAGAUUUAUCAUUUACUGAAGAUGUAGUUCGUGAUCGAUGUUUUCAUAUGUUACCAUACAGUGAUAAAUACUUUUAUGAGGCAUUAGAUGUCAGUAGUUUAAUUCCAAAACAACCCAAGAGAAACAUACUUAUAGGCCGUCAUAACACAAGUGGAAGUGAUAAAAGGCACAUGCCAUGUAUACCAACUAAGACUCAGUAUCUAAAACCGUUGAGGAAGAAAAUAAGUGAUAAGGCUUUAGAAAUGCAUCAAGAAGCUGUAGAGAAACAACGUUCUGAAAGUCAAGCUUCAUUGAACACUCUAGAUAGUCAGGAUGAUCCUGUGUUUUUAACAGAAGUAGAUGAUAAACAAUCAAAGUCAACCAAACUGCCAAAAAUAAACAAAGAUAAACAUGUAGAAUUGAGCCAUGAGGCAGAAGAAGGAAAUGAAAAGAAGCAUGACUGGGAUGCUUAUUUAAUGUCUAUUAUAAGUCCAUUAACAGCUAAUUGGAUUGUACAUCAGAAGAUGACAGGUGUUGGUGGGGUAACUAGUGAGAAAGAAGAAUUAAGUAAAUUAUUAGAAGGUUGGUAUGGUAAACCAGAACAUACUGAUUUAAUACGUGAUGACAUCAGUGACACUGAUCCAGUAACAACACCAACUGCAGAAAAACAUAAAAAGAAAGUUUGGAAAAAAGAAGAAUCUAUAUUGUUAGAAAAAGUAUUACAGAAUAAUGAGGAAGAACCAAAAGCAAGAGAUCCAUACUCAGAUAAUAAUGAGGCUCCAUUUUAUCGACAACCUGUUGGUUUUCGCAAACAGAAAAAGAAAAUAGAGAAAGAAGAACUGGGAGCCAUUAACAGUACAGCACGAGAUAUUGAAGUUAAAACCUACAAACCACCCCCACCUCCUACAUUACGUGAUUAUUUUAAUCCUAAAGCUGGAGAAACACUUAUACAAACUGAUAAUGUCUUCGAACGAGAAUGGUUAACAGGUAAUGAACAAGUCUAUCAAGGAGAAAGUGAUAGUCAACAAAUAGUAAUGGCAAAUCAAAAUAAAUAUAUAAAACAACUGCAAAUAGCCUACCCUGAUGUUGAAAAAUGGUGUCCGAGGAAUGAGGAGAAUCAAGAAGAUACAGAGCAGUUUAUUAUACCUAGUAAAGGGGCCAGAAGAUGGAAAUCUUUACCUAAACCUGUUGAUGAUACGAGAGAUGUACUGAAAUGUUUACCUCCAGGAACUGAACCAGUGCCUGUCAUACCAUCUGAUGCUAAAACUAAAAAAGUCAAGCAACAAAAUCCAGCCUUAUCACAAAUAAUUGAUGAAUGGAGAAGUAAAUGGCAACUAAGUGGACAAUUUGCUGAUAGUAAUCCUCAUGAUUUAUUAAGAGACAUGGCAGAUAUACAACCUCAUGUUCGUUUGAAAGCCAUAGCAACUGUUGCAAAGUCAACAGAGUAUAAAGCACCAGAAGAAGAUGGAAUACUGUUAGAAUAUCAAGAUCAACAAAUAGACGCUGUCAGUCGUCUGCCUGAGUUUUUAUUUGAUGCCUUGAAUUGUUUGUUGGAAGAUAAACAUGAACAAGUAAAGAAAGCUGCAGCUGUUACCUUAUAUACUCUUAAUAAACCUUCUGAUAAAGCAGAAGCGGUUUUACGUGAAUUGUUAUUAAGUGAAAGUCCAAGUGAUAGGUGGACAGCUGCUCAAUGUUUGGCUCAUUUUGGUGUUUGCGAUUCAGAUGUUGCUGGUGAAGUUAUCACACAACUGUUAGCUACUGAAGAUUCUAUUAAACAUGAACAAUGUAAACAACUUUUAGCUAAAAUGAGCGCUAGCACUACUCUGAUUCAUUCAAUGGUGGCAGAACAGUUAAACAGUAGUAGUUGGAGACAUAGAGUUAUAGCCUGUAAAAUAUUUCCUGCUCUGGAUGGUACUAUAAACAAGGAUAUAGCAAAUAAAUUAGCACAUCUAAUGUGGAAAGACUGGCAUGUGGAGGUGCGUAAAGUUGCAGCUCAAACUCUAGGUAAAACUGGUCAUGGUAGAAGUGUACAUGAUGAUCUUAAAGAAAAAAUACAAGGUUCUGAUGAAAGAUUAAAACAAGAAGCUAUUAGUAGGAUUGGUCAUCUAGGUAUUAUGACAGCUAAAUUGUUGCCAGUUAUAUUAGAUUGUUUUGAUGAUGAAUAUAAUUCAGUUAGAAUGGAAGUUUGUAUAACAUGUGGUAAUCUAAUGAUUCAAGAUCAACAAGUUAUUGAUAAACUAUUAUACCUAGCAACAUUUGAUACAGUGUGGAAGGUGAAAGCUUUAGCAAUGCAAGCUUUAGGUAAAAUUGGAGUAUCAAGUCCAGCUAUUAAAGAAUGCUUAACUUGGGCAUUAAGAUAUGAGAAAGAAGGUGGAGUUCGAGCUGAGGCUUGUCAUACUUUAACAACAUUAGAAUAUACAGGGGAUGACUUUAUAGAAAUACUUCAAGAGAGAUUAUUGGUUGAGGAAGAAGCAAUAGUCAGGAAUGAAAUUAGUAAAGCAUUAAACUUGUUAGGAAUUAGUAGUAGUGAUGAUAUUGAUACUGUAGCACAAAUAAAGUGUGAAGUAAGAAAGCUAUGUGAUCAAGGUACCAUAGCAUCAAUGAUUUUAUCUAAUGAUAAAAAUGAAGAAAAACAGAGAAAUAUGUCUAGAAUGAUUUAUCAAGCCAAACAAGAAAUACAGAAACUUUUCUCACGUACUAACACCUAUUUAAGAAUGAAUUCUAAAUCAGAAAUAGAUGGAAAUUUAGAGCUGUACGCUUUGAAACAGGAAGAGGAUGAAGUUUUUAAAGGACAGAAAACGCUUGGAUCUCCCAGAAGUGUUAGAAUUAACACUGAUCACCAGAGUCAGCAAGAAUCCAGAUUAACUCUUUUAAUGGAUAAAGAAGUUCAUAGUAUUAUUUACCAAACUAUAGUUGAAACUUCUUCACCAGAUUCAGGAACAAGAGCAUCAAGUGUAUCAACGGAUAUUUAUGGUAUGGAAGAAGUAUCAGAUUCUAGUAGUCCCAGACCUUUAACUUCAAUAUCUACAAGAUCAAAGUCACAUAUGGGUAGAAUAACUGAAGAGAAUGAAGAUGAUUCCAAGCUAGAUUUUAAUGAAACAAAAUCUGAAAUCGACCUAAAGUCUGAAUUUGACAUGGAAUCCCAAUCAGAUGAAAGUAUUGAUGAUAAAUCAAAACAUACUACAGAAAUUGGUCUUGAAGAUAUAACAGAUGAUAUUCCGUCAUCAAGGAUAGAUCAUGGUCAUAAGUCACCAUAUGCUCAGUCAUUUGGUGAUUUGGGAUCAUCAGCUUUAAGUCUUGGAGGAUCUGCUCGGAGAAGACAAAUAAUGAGUCGAGAGACUAUACGAGAAAAAGAAAGGAUCAAUGCAGAAGCUCGUAAGAGUUUAAUGAGUUUAAAUGUAAGAUAUUCCUCCAUGAUGGAAGGUUUAAAAACUCUUGAUGAAGGAUUUUCAGCCGAUAAAUGUAAAAAUAUCCCAGCGGAAACGGAGAAGAUCAUAUCCAAUAUUUCUAUUUAAAACUACAUGUAUACUUUAUGCGCUGAUUAUGCAAAGAUUUUUAAAAAAAUAUAAUUUCAUUUCAAAUGUUUCCUGUGAUCUAACAUUUGCCAUUAUAUAGUAUAGUAUCCU